AUGUUUCUCACAAAUAUCCUGUUGAAAAAAGCCAAAAGCAAGAAUAUCCUCGUGAUGAUGGAGAGCGCCGUCAGUGGGCACCAGUUUUCGAUGAUUCGGGAGAGGCUUGCAGACAAGCUGGAGGUGAUCCGCUUUGACCCGUUCAUCCAACGGAUGUCCCUGUACCGGGAGCGUAAGCGGUUGCGAAGCCUAAACUAAACCCGUGGUGUGGCAAACGUAGGCGCUGCUGUACAUAAAUAAAGAGCAU